GAAUGCGGAUGGGAGAAAAUCUGGCAUGAAAGAAAAGAAAAGCCUUUGACCUCUCUCUCUCUCUCUCUCUCUAUAAAGCUUCUUGCAAAGUCCCAUCGCCGCCAACGACAAGCAGCUCACAGAAAAACCGGUCAUCUCCCGAGAAGCUCGAAUGGCAAACCCAAAGGAAGUAGAGCUCCUAGGGCUCUGGGUCAGCCCCUUCGUGCGGAGGGUGGAGUGGGCAUUAAAACUCAAGGGCAUAGCCUACGACUACAUCGAGGAAGACCUCCUCAACAAGAGCGCUCUGCUUCUGCGGCUCAACCCUGUUCACCAGAAAGUCCCUGUCCUCGUCCAUGGAGGCAGAGUGGUCUGCGAGUCGUUCCUCAUCCUCGAGUACAUCGACGAGACGUGGAAGCAGAGCCCUCUGCUCCCUCAAGAUCCUUACGACAGAGCCAUGGCUCGAUUCUGGGCUUCAGUUGCAGAAGGCCAGCUUUUAAGGAAUGCUUGGAUUGCUCUGUGCUCUGAGGGAGAGGAAAAGGAAAGAGCCAUAGAAUUUGCCACUGAAGCUUUGGGGCACAUUGAGGGAGUGAUCGAAGGCAAGGCCUUCUUUGGUGGUGAGGGAAUUGGGUACUUGGACCUUGCAAUCGGUUGGGUCUGUCACUGGCUGCCCGUUUGGGACGAGCUCGGUUCAAUGAAGAUCUGUGACCCGGCAAAGUUCCCGGCCAUGGUGGCAUGGACCAGCAGGUUUGUUGAGCACCCUGUGAUCAAGGAAAACUUGCCGCCAAGGGACAAGAUGGUGGUCUAUUUCCGCAACAUGCGCAGCCAAAUAAUGGCUUCCAAGGGUCAUGCCUAACCCAAGAUGGCUAUAAGCAAAGGUUCAAUACCGGAUCAUAUAGAAUAAAGCAAUGCUAAGAGAUAAGCAGAUAAUAGUAAUGUGUUGGAUGGAACCAAAUAUUUCUAUAUAUACUUGGCAAUGGAAUGAGCUGCACAUUUUUCUUUUCAUCUAAUAUGGUUUGUUGGCAUCAGAACAAUUUGAACGUGAUGGGAUGUCAAAUUACUUUCGAGAUCA